AUGCACGGGGCUUUGCGGCGCCGCCGCCGCCACGCCCUCGCCUACGGCGUCGGCCUCACCACCGCCACGUUCACCUGCCGAUACCUCGCCACCUUGACCACUAUCAAGAAGAACUGCUGGUUGACUCGUUCCAGAGAGAAGAAACUCAAAAUCACACCGAGGAAAUACAGGAUUAACCGUGAGAAAAAGGGCAGUGCUCAGCUGCUAAAAGGAAGAAUGGAAAAUCCAGGUGACCUCAGUCCUCCCCUCCAUCCUGCCACCCCUGCCACCAUGGAUUCUGCAGACUGGUCUUCCCUCCCGGCCGACCUCAUCAACUGCAUAGCUGACUGCUUCCUGGCCACCAGUGAUCUCGAUUACUAUAUGGACUUCCGUGCUGUCUGCAAAAGCUGGCGCUCCGCCACCGAUGACCCCAAGAUAACCUCAGACCGUCGGUUCCGCCCCUGCCACUGGGUCAUCAUCGACAAGGUCUACGAGACCAAGACGUACCUCCUGGUGAACACCGCCACUGGCCGCUUCCUCCGCAAAGAACUCCCACUGCUUCGCGGCUAUUACAUUGCCGUUCCCACCCGGGAUGGUCUCCUCAUUCUGGUUGACAACAAGUCCUAUAACACUUCUGCUACUCUGGUCUCCGGUUCUUCGCCUACGCUUCUCUUGCUAUGCAACAAAGUGGUGGAUGCUCCUGAUGGCUCGUUGCGUGAUGCACCCCGUACAGUGUACAUUGCUGAUCCUAGCAGCGAAAGUCUUGCCGUGUACGAGGACAGGAAUGCUUGCCCUUUGAUCAGGCUGUCUGUCAGAGGUAUCUGCACUAAUGGUGAGUUGGGAUCGGGGUCACAGUUUCCACUUGCUGUGGCAAAAGGUAUGUUUGAUCUGAUGAAGUAUUUCAAUGCCGAUCCUACUGAGAUGUCUGAUGAUGAAGAUUCCGUGAUAUCUGAAGACGAAGCUAUACGGAAUUUCUUUAUAGGAUAUGACAACCGUUGUUAUCUGCUGGAAUCUGCUGGAGAAAUAUUGAUCAUCAUCAAGCUAAAAGAUGGCAUGGAGAUUUACAAGAUGGACACUGACAGAUAUGUACUCGAGCGUGUGGAGAACAUUGGCAACCGUGCCAUCUUCUUAGGUGGAUACUGUAGGUGCAUGUCUGUUAAUGCUGAUAAGUUCCCAUCAGUCGACGCCAACUGCAUCUAUUACACAAAAGGCCUAGAUUUCAACCAUGGCAUCCACAUUUACAGUCUACGGUCCAGGAGAGAAGCAAAAAUCUCUAAAGUCAUAGGUGAUGGUUCUCCUCCCUACACGAUUAUUCAACUCCUCUCUAGUAGCAUAAAUGAUAACUAGGCUUCCAUUGCUGAUAAUGGGUGUCGUUUCUUAGCUU